UUCGCCUCUGUAAUUGGAGUACUUGACUGCUAAUCUUCUGAUUCUCGUUGCUCAUUCGUUGUUGGGGCGGGGCUGGGGGUGACGGUUGGAGGCACGCAUUGUUUGAAUUUGGCAGAACGGUGGUGCUGGAGGUUUGUUUUUAUUUAAAAGUAAGUGAAUAUGUGUUGUUAUUAAUGAAUAUACCGGAAUAAUAAACACAUUCCCGGGCCGGUAAACCUAGACAAGAGUUUCUGUGCUGUGAUUGGCUGGCCAAGGGAACAAUGCGUCACGGCAAGUCGGGAACCUCAAAGAAGCGCAAGGGGACCACCCCCCAGAGGAGGGACCGGUCACCUCCCAAGUCCCCCGCAAGGAGACCCCCGCAAACCCCCCCCAGAAAACCCUCGCCCAAAAAAUCACCUCUGCGAAGAGUGAGUGGUCCCGGCAGCGCUCCUUCCUCGGUGGGCCAAAGCCCUCGUAGGAGGAAGCGGUUCCGGCCCGGCACUCGAGCUCUGAUGGAGAUCCGGAAGUACCAGAAAUCCACCGAGCUGCUGAUCCGCAAGGCCCCCUUUUCCAGACUGGUGCGGGAGGUCUGUCAGAGUGUGUCCUCGCAGGAUCUCAAGUGGCAGAGCCUGGCGCUCAUCGCACUGCAGGAGGCAGCCGAGGCGUUCCUGGUGCGCCUGUUUGAAGACUCGUACAUGUGCUCCAUACACGCCAAGAGGGUCACGCUGUACCCCAAGGACCUGCAGCUAGCCAGGAGGAUCAGGGGGAUCCACCAUGGACUGGGCUGAGACACAGCCCUCUGCCUUGCGCUACGAAGCAACCUGAGGUCACACCUUCAUAAGCAAUUUCACUGUGCGAGCAGCUCAUCCAUAACUAUUAUUAAACACUCGCUGCUGAAACAAGCUUUAUGAAUAGAGCUGCACAAAUCUGUGAUUUGAAUCAAGAUCACCACACAUGAGGAUCAUUGGUGUUGAUUGGGCUAAUUUACCAUUCAGAAUGAAACGAGUGAAGAGACGAGUAAGAAAAGCAGUGAUCCACACAAACCCAAGCAGUAGUUUCGUCACUUGUUUCACUUUGAAUGACAAAUGAGCCCAGUCGACACCGAUGACCCUCUGGAGAGCUCAAUCCUAAUAAUAAAAUAAUUGGUUUGUGCAGCACUAAAAUUCAGUGACAAAGCUUAUCAACUGGAGGUAUAGAAAGACUUCCUGUUGAGACAUAGUCAAAUUCAGAUUCAAAACUAGUCUUGUGAAAAUUGCUUACAAGUCCCCUGUACAAUUAAAUGCUUGAAGUUGUCUGGUUUUACAAAGUCUGUACCUUCAAAUUUUAUUAAGUCUUUUAAAUAUAUAUAUAUAUAUAUAUAUAUAUAUAUAUAAUCCAUCCCUUACUAAUGUUAUGGCGUUUGCAGUCCUUCUGAUGCUCCUCCAAUAUUGAUUUCUUAUAAUUGUAUUCUAAAUGUGGCGCUGCGUUUGACUGUAGAAUCAAAGUGCCAGGCACUGAACAACCUUUCUCAUUCCAUUCAAAUCAUGUGACUUAAUCCAGCCCUGCCUACUCUACAUGUAUACAGAGAAUAGAUAGGCAGAGCAGAGUUAAAAGGUCACACUGUCAUGUGAUUUGAAUGGAAUGAGGAAGGCUGUUCAGUACCUGGCACUUGGGGUUCUCCAGGCAAGCUCAAAGGCAGAUAAUUCUAAGAACUCAUUAUUGGAGCAACAGAACCCAGAGCCCCUCGGAAUGAUUGUAAACACCACCAGACUUUUGAUGUGUUUAUGUAUAUAUGUUCUAGAUUAAGCUGUGUACUCUUUUAAUGUGAUGCAGAACAGUGCUGUUUUUAAUAAUGGUGAACUCUGUCUUCCUGCUGUCUUGAUCUACGGCAGUACCGUAAAUCUGUUUUGUAGCAACCGUUAAAGAAACUUCAAUUCAAUGACAAGCGUUUUGAAAUCUUCAAUCAAAUUAAGGUGUAAUUAUCAAUCUACUUCUUAAUGAAAUAGCUGACCGGUAAUAAUCAAUGCAUUGAGGACACUUAUUCAAAGCAAUGUGUUACUCUUUCAAUACUACUGAAAGCAUGAAUGAUUGGGAUUGCUAUAUAUAUAUAUAUAUAUAUAUAUAUAUAUAUAUAUAUAUAUAUAUAUAUACACACAUUAAGAGAACUUUAUUAUUAAACAGUGACCAGCAAAAAAACAAACAAACAAACUGACAACGUGCAUGUGCUGGUAAUAUAAUAUUCAGGUGAGGGAGGCUCCAAUCACCGGGAGAUUAAUCAAUCCUUGAAUUCUUUUUAAUUGAGGCUUGCAAAAUAAAAGCUAUGUCAAGCAGUAAUGGAUGUUGCAUCUAUACUUCUAGUCAAAAUGUUUCACGUUGAAUUCAUAUGCUUCUUCCCAUGUCACAUCUUACAGCUAUGGACAAAAGUGUGCCAUCACCUAGAAUUUUAGGAUUGAAACAUAAUUUAAAAAAAGUAUAUGAACAGAAUUGAUAUUUUAUUUAACAUCUUAUAAUCAAAGAAACUACAAAAUGAUAUCGCAAAAGUCUACCGGGAAGCCAUAAUAGUAGUACAGUAUUCCAUGUUAGAUUUUGAAAUGUCACAUUUUUUAGUUUGUCAGUUUUUAGUUCAGUAUAUGGAAAACUACAAAGCGGUAUGUCAUUUAAUAUGUUAACAGAACAUUAUUCAGUAGGUUUCAUUUGACUUUACAAAGCAAAAUUAGUUAAUUCUAUAAUGUUGGCCAUCGCUAUAGACAUCUGUAUCAUAAGUAAUCGUUGUGAAUGUGGGGUGUUUUUGAAGUCUGCAGUUGCUUUUGUGGAUCCUCGAUGGUUAUUCAGAGGAUCUGGAAACUGGUAUAAAAAUAUCAGUCUUAACUGAUGAAUUCUUGUUUAUAAGAGAGGGAUAUUGUUAGAAUCAGGGGUUUUAAUGAAUUCAGUGGUAAAUGGAUUAAUUGAAGCUUAUAACAAGCACGACCUGUGUCUGUAGUCGUGGUAGGCACUGAAUUCUGAAUGAAUCAAAACUGUUGUCAAAUAGCAAUCCAAUCAAACACAGCUGUUUAUUGUUUUAUAAACUCAACUGAUAUGAGGAGGCAGACUUCCCAAGGAAGACAGUGAGUCAUGUUAUUUAUUUUAAAAUAAUAAAUACAUUGUAUGUGUUCUGCAUCAUUUUAAUGUACUUUUUAAAUGUUUAUCUUUAAUAUUGAUUUUUUUUUUUUGCAAAUGAAUAAAGAAUAUUUACUUUAA